AUGAAUCCAUUUGAAGAAUUAAUUGCCGAAACACUUGGAAAUGAAAUGCCAAGGUCACAAAGUUUUGAUCUUUCCAAUUCUGGAUCUUCUUUAUCUCAACAAAAAACACAAAUAUCAAGUGUAUCAAGUGUCAUUGAAUAUAAUCCAGCUCGUAUGGCUAACUUUUUAGGAUAUAAUACCUUCAAUAAUAAGCCUGCACAAAAAUUAGAAACGAUCUAUGAAAAUUUAUCAUCAUCAUCGAUACAAAAUGUACCAUUGAAUUUUCAUUUGAAUCCACCUAAACAACAAGAGACAACCGAUAAAAAAAAUCUAUCAAUGCAUGGUUCUGUUAGUUCAUGGAGAGUACCAACAGGAAAACAUCUGUACCUUCGAUGUAUCUCAUCGUCAGGCAAAAAAGUUGUACGUGCAUUUACGCCUACAUCUACAGCAGAUCAAGUUGGAAAAUUCGACUUGAUUGUAAAGUUGUAUAGGGCCAGUGGAAACUGGUCUGGUGGCAAGAUGUCUGCAUGCAUUGAUCGACUUAAACCCGGUGAUACUGUUGAAUGCAAAGGGCCAUUUGGAGACUUUGAAUAUCAAACUGGAGGUACUCUCGUCAUUAAAAAUAUCGCUCAUCAAGUCAGUCGAUUUACAAUGAUUGCUGGUGGAAGUGGAAUUACGGGAAUAUACCCAAUUUUGCGAUCUGCUCACAAAGAUGGUAUCAAAUGUCAUGUAGUAGAUUGUAAUAAGACUGAGGUAGACAUUCUUAUGCGCCAGGAGCUUGAUGGCUACAAAGAAGUAUCUCAUUGUCUUUCACGUCCAACAAAUGGAUGGAAAGGUCGUUCUGGAUACAUUUCUAAAGCUCUUAUCGGACCUGUACAUGAUGGUUUCUUAUUAUGUUGUGGACCAACUGGAAUGAUGGAGAGUGUUCUUAAGAUUGCAGAAAUAGUUGGCUGGGACAUUAAGAAACAAGUCAUUUUUCUAUAA